CGAAAGUCGAAAACGCUAUUAGAGUGCACGGAGUGACAAACCAAAAAAAAAUAAAAAAUCUUGACUGACUUAGUUGACGUUGACAUUGACGUUCUUCCUUUCGUUCCUGUUCAAAAUAAGGAUCGGUAAACAAUGGGUCGUGUAAUCCGAGCACAGAGAAAAGGUGCUGGGUCUGUAUUCAAGUCCCACACGAAAAAGAGGAAAGGGGCGCCCAAAUUGCGUUACUUGGACUUUUCCGAAAGACAUGGCUACAUCAAGGGUGUCGUUAAGGACAUUGUUCAUGAUCCCGGCAGAGGAGCACCUUUGGCUUUCGUACAUUUCCGUGACCCUUACAAAUUCAAGACACGUAAAGAAUUGUUCAUCGCCCCCGAAGGAAUGUACACUGGACAAUUUGUCUACUGUGGCAAGAAAGCCAAUUUGCAAAUUGGAAAUGUAUUGCCAGUAGGAACCAUGCCCGAAGGUACCAUUGUGUGUAACCUUGAAGAAAAAACUGGUGACAGAGGCCGUUUGGCUCGUGCCUCUGGUAACUACGCCACUGUAAUUGCCCACAACCACGACACAAAAAAAACCAGAGUCAAGUUGCCUUCAGGCGCCAAAAAAGUAAUCCCAUCCAACAACAGAGCCAUGGUUGGUAUCGUAGCUGGUGGAGGUAGGAUCGACAAACCCAUCCUGAAAGCCGGUAGGGCUUAUCACAAGUACAAGGUGAAGAGGAACUGCUGGCCUAAGGUUAGAGGUGUUGCCAUGAACCCCGUCGAGCAUCCUCACGGAGGUGGUAACCAUCAACACAUUGGUAAAGCUUCUACUGUUAAGAGGGGUACAUCCGCUGGUCGUAAAGUCGGUCUUAUUGCUGCUAGAAGAACUGGUCGUAUUCGUGGUGGUAAGGUUGAAACUAAGAAGGAAGAUUAAGCAGUAUAUUUUUUAAGAAAUAUAUUGGUAUUUUAUAAGGUUACCUAUUUUGAUGUUUUUUUUUUUAACUAUAUUUUCCCAUUUUCCUUUAUCCUUUCUCAACAAAGCUAAUAUUAUUAUAUA